CAAGUCACAAAAGCCCCAAACAAACCAACACAUAACAAUAUCCUCACUGCACGCACGGUUCCGGUUUGUGUACUUUUUCUUUCCUCUUCCUUCUUUCUUUUCUAGAUUUGUUUUUGAAUUUGCAGUUACUUGUUGUCGACAUUCCCAUUCUUCAACUCACCAACACAGAGAGAAAGAGAGAGAUGGAGAACGACCCACAAAGUGAACAAGUGCUGUCGGUGGAGCUUCCAGCUCCUCCUGCUUGGAAGAAACUGUUCUUCCCUAAGAAAGUAGGAACACCAAGGAAACAAAGUGAGAUCACAUUCAUUGCUCCUACCGGGGAAGAGAUCAGUUCCAAGAAGCAAUUGGAGCAGUACCUGAAGGCACAUCCUGGGAAUCCUGCGAUAUCGGAGUUUGAUUGGGGAACCGGUGAGACCCCGAGGCGAUCAGCUAGGAUUAGUGUGAAGGCCAAAUCAACUCCGCCACCAGCAGAGACUGAUCCUCCAAAGAAACGAUCUCGGAAAUCAUCAUCAGGGUCAAAGAAGGAUAACACAGAAACUGAAUCUGCUUCAGAGGAAGGUAAGGCAAAGUCUGCUGCUGAAGAAAACACGGCUGACCCGAACGAUGCUGAUGAUAAACCAAAGACUGAUGCAGAGGAAACUAAGCAGAGUAAUGUGGAAGGGGACAAUGUGACUGCCAAAAAGCCUCAAGGGGAGGAAGAAGCGUCGUUAGCAGAAUCAGGGGAGAAACUUGUUGGGGAAGCUUUGAACGAUGCUGUGAUGACUGAAACCCCCCAAGAGGAGGCACCAGUAGUUGUAUCAGAGAAAGAGAAUGGUGCAGUUGAUAGUAAGCCUGAUAAUGUGGAAGGGGAAAAUGUGACUGCUGAAAAGCCUCAAGAGGAGGAAGAUGCAUUGUUAGCAGAAGCUGGGGAGAAGUUUGCUGAGGAUACUUUUUACGAUGCUGUGAUGACUGAAAUCCCCCAAGGGGAGGAACCAGUUGUUGAAUCAGAGAGAGAAAAUGGUGCAGUUGACAGUAACAAGGAUAAUUCAGGUACUGUGACUCUUGAGGUAAAUGGAGGAGCUGAGAAAGAGGAACCAGUAGUUGAAUCAGAGAAAGAAAAUGGUGCAGUUGACAGUAACCAGGAUAAUCCAGGUACUGUGACUCUAGUGGAAAAUGGAGGAGCUGAGAAAGUGAAUCCUACUGUUGAAGACAUCAUCAAUAACAAUGCUAAGAAUGAAAUCCCAGUAAGUGAUGGAAAAAUCAACAUUCAGGCUGAGGAGCAAGUUCAGAAAGUGGUUGACAAUGGGAUUUGGAGCUUUGCUCAAUGAAGUGUAGGUUAUUAAUUCCUAGCACCAUUAACUUUUUGUGAUGCUAUAUUCAAAUUGCUUUAGAUGUUUUGUGAAUUACCGGAUGACUGUAGUAUCAUGUUAUGGCUAAAGAUUUGGAUGUAUUUAGGAGAUUAAUCACGUAUUUGUGGUAGAUUAGAUCAUAGUAUGCAGUUCUGAAUGUAGGUGUUUUGUACAAUGUUCUGACUAAUGUCCAUUUGUGUAACAGGAGUAGGAAUUAAAAUUUUACUUUGCCCGAA